AUGGCCUUUUCACCCGCACUGAGCACAAGCUCUGAAACCACACGACCCUCCCUAUCAAUCGACAUCGCCAACAUCCCCUCACUAUCCCAACCAACACCACCAUCAAACACUCUCCUCAUAACAGACCUCAAUGAUCUCCAUGUCUUCCAACCCCCCGCCUUGGACGAAAUCCGCGCCCAAAUCACCUCCAUCGCCCCUUUGAACUCCUUCUCCCCUCUCCCCUCCAUGCGCCGCAUCGUCUGCUCCUUCAACAAUACAACAGACGCCACUAAAAUCCGCCAGCACCUGGAAAACCAAAGCCUCCUGAACCGCGUCCGCCCACGCAUCUACUUCGGCGAGCCAACGCCCCUCCUAGACGGCGGCCGCCCCAAACUCCUCGAAGCACCCCAGGUCUCAAAGCUAUUCUUCAUCUCGCCGCCUCCCUCCCCUCCGCACGGCUGGGUCCUGCGCAACGAAGACCCCCCAAACAAAGAAGUUCACGCCUCGGACCUCGCGCUUGCUCUAUCCAUGCUGAAGACCGAGGCGCCACCCCCGGAGACCGACCCCGCUACGCCAGUCUCGAUUUCUUCCGAGAAGCGCACGCCCAGCUGGCCGCUUGCUGGCGGCUCCCAGCAGCGCAGCAGGAGCAGCACGAUCAUCUUCCAUCCUGAUGCGCAUGGCGAUAGUCCGAAUCUACCGGCUGUAAUGGUUGAGGAUAUGACGCUUGAUGUGGAGGAUGUCGAUAUGGACGAUUUGAGUCCGAUUGAGAUGUCGGUCAAGCAGAUGCCGCCUAAGACUUCGAGGCCGCCGGUUGAGUUGAUGGAGUGA